AUGGAUAAGUUUAAAACAUGCAAAAAGAAAAAUUUGGGGAGUCUGAAGAAGACCAAGAGUUUUAUUAAAAAAAAAAAAGACCGCUCGCACGUGAGUAGUAGUGGGAACAGCGCGACAAAGGACUUAAUCACAAACGUAAUUAUAAAAUAUGUGAACCAGAGGAAAUAUGAAAAGCAGAAAAAUGGAGCAAACUGCGGAAAUGAACACUAUUAUAAUAAGGAAUUUUUUGCAGACAAAAAUGCAAGCGACAUAUUGAAGGAACGUUUGUUUGGUAAAAAAGAAAUUGGAGAAAUAGAUAUCCUUAAAAAUUGUCUCCUUUUUAAUGAAAAAAAUGAACUUCUUCAAAAAAUAAGUUACACAAUUCUGUAUGAUGUUAUAAAAAAAUGCAUAGACCACGAACAUGUUUUGAUGAAGGUGGAAGAAUUAGGAUUCACAGCUGAAAAUAUAAGAGACAAAAAUGACGAACAUGUGAACAUAUGCUCCAAGUACAAAGCGGAAGUUUUUUUUUUGUACAUAUAUAAAAAUUUGAAAGCUAUAAAAAUUACAAAAAAUUUUCAAUUGUUGUGCAAAUUUAUGAAUGUGAUGAAAUUUGUGACUAGUAUAAUGCCCUAUACGUACAAAGUAAAGUUUUUAUUUUCACUUUGCUCCAUUUUUAAUAUAUACCAGAAGGAGUGUGAGAACAGUAAGCUACAGCCAACGGUGUUGGGCAUCACCAAAAAGGGGGGUUACAAGCAGGGUGACAAUGGAGCCCCACAGAAUGACACCCUUUUUGUCAACUCGGAUGAGGAAGACCAAUUUUUCCAUCUCUUUUUUGAGCUCCUGAAUGAGUUAAUAAAUCUUCAUGAGAAUUAUAACACAUACGAUGAUUACUACCAGACGUUUAAUUUCUUCGUCUUGAGGUGGAUAUUAGUAUACUUCCAAAAUAAGCACCCUUUUUUUGCCAAGGGAAAAAUGGUGCAUUCUUUGGCCAAGGUGAAGUACGUCAUGUUGUUAUUUACACUGUUGAGGAGGUUACACGAAAGUGCAAAUUAUAUGACGGAUCGGGAAAGCAAGGUGAGCGAUGGAGGGGGAAACGCUCUAAGUGGGAUCCAUAUGGGGGUGAAUAAUCAAGGCGACCAGGUGGAUUAUGCAAUUUACAACCAACCUGAGGAGGAAAGUACAAAUACGCUGCUCUUUCCAAACGAGCAACUGGCCUUUUUUAAGAACGGAACGACCCACCCAAGUGAAGCAACCCUUUUAGACAUGCUACACCAAAAUGAGAACUGCAAAAAUGAGAAAAUAAAAAGUAACAUGAUCGAAAUAAAGACCAUGUUGGAGAGCUUUUACGAUAAGGUGGAUUUGCGCGUGGAAAGAAGUUUCAAAGAAGUGAAGGACACCAUGAAUAGAUUAACGCAGAGUGUAUUUAUGACAGCAUACAACUUAAUUAGCAGCAUGCACAUUGUGCAUAGACACGUCGCCUUAUUGCAAUUUUCUUUUAAUUUUCUAAAAAUGAAAGUGUUUGAAUAUUCCUACUUUGUCAUUUUUAAUGCAUUCCAAUUGCUUAACAAAUUGUUAACGGUCCAGAAUUUUGUAAUUCAUCCGAUGAUCUUUUUGUCUACCCAAGAAGUUUUUACCUUUUACGAAAAUGUUGUCAUUCAUUUGUAUAAGGGAAAAAAUGACUGUCAGGAGGAGUUUUAUCAAUUUUUCGAAAAGUUCAAUUCCAAGCACAGUGGACUGUAUACAGCUAUUUUGAAAAGAAUUUGGAGUUUGUACAUACUCAUAAUUUCGGAUGAAUAUGUCACAAAAGAGAAAGGAGGAAACCCCAGUGAGGAGAACACACAUUUUAUUUUUAACAAAGUGGAUGAACAACUAGGCGCACCAGAAGAUAGCAACAAAUUAACAACUGUGUUAAGAAUCAGCGAUUUAGAUUUCCCAACAGAAUACAAAAGUAUAAUUCUCAAAUGUGCAGAUGAGACUUACAAAAAUUGUCUAACAAAUUGUCUAACUAAAAUAUUUCGCAUACUAAGCUUCAGUACCUUUUUCGAAGAAUAUUUUUUUUUCUCCAGCAAGGAGUUGCUGUCUAAGGAUGUGUUUAUACUGAACAGAGUUCUAAAAGAUACUAACAAAACAUAUAAUGGAGGAAAUUUCAAAUUUCUGAUCAAUUUUUUCUACCCUUUACUUAUGCAUUUCAUCGAUUUGUACGAAAAGGAAGAAGAGUACAGCAUUAAGAAGAAAUGCUUUUUAAGUUAUAUAAAAAAUAUACUGGUCCAUUUCUCACGGGCAUUAAACGACUGUAUCAAUUUGUAUUACUUCCUAUCUACCAACGUAGAAGACUUAUACAUAUUAGUAACCAAGUUCACCAACUGUAACGAUUUUCACUUGCUUCCACUGUUUGUUAACUUUUUCGAAAAUUUUUAUCUCUCAACACUGAAGGCGAACGGUCAAGGAGCGCAGUGGUCUCCCAAGAGUGCAGAUUAUGAUAAAGACAGGAAGGAUAUUAAAUGCAAAUACAGCCUCAUAAAUUUAAAGAAGAAUAAUUUCUUCUUAAAUCACGUUUCGGACAAUUUGCUGAAGAUAUUUUUGCCAAGAUUUAUAUCGAUCGUGACAUCUCAUUAUGAGCAGAAGUUUACCAGCGUUGGUUUGGAGUCGAGCCGAAAUAGAGCCAGUGUAGCCAUGGUCAUUGAAAGUUUUUCAAAUUUGCUACACGUGUCUUUACAUUUUUCUUCCGACGCAAAUUUGAGUGAAGUGUUAAAUCUCCUCGAACAGCUUAUCCUGAGGAAUGAAAUUGAGAAGGAAGUUUAUUCCCUCAUUAGUAUAAUCAUUGUGCUGAAAAUUUUAACCCCAUUUUUUACAUAUGAAGAACUCACUCUCUGCUCUUUGUAUUAUCAGAAGUUGCUGCAUUUGGUGGGUGAAGUGAUCAGCAGGAAGAUGUCCAUAACGGGCUCAAUUAUCGGCUUGAAGGGGAGAAAGGCUGAACGAGGCAGUCGCCCCCAAGUGGAAAAACGUACAGGAGGAGGCAAUCACCAAGUGGGAAGCGAACAAAACAGCUAUUGCAUCAACCCUAUCAGUGUAAAUACAAAUGCACAAUUUGAACUUGCAACCCAUGUGAAUGGAGAAAUGUCCGCAACUGCAAUGGGCAAUCAAAAUGGUCUUGCUGCGCUGAGCAAUAAUGGAAACCAUGGCAACUUGAUAGGAAUUGACUGCGUUAGCACCCCCUUUGACAACGCGCCCAAGGUAGAGGCGGUUACCCACUGUGAGGACACACAUACCCCGGCCAGCAGCAAACCGAAACGAAAUCCCAAGAACAGCAAGCGAAGGGGAAACAAGGACCAAAAGGGUAUCGGCAAAAAGGGCAAAAUUAAAGGCCUCAUUAAAAAGGAAAAGAGAAAAAACAACUCAGCAAAAAAGGAAAAGGCAAGAAGAACAAAACUUACAAAAGAGUUAAAAAUGGACAUUGAAAAGUACAAAUUUGUGAGGAUCCUCAUAUAUGACAAUGUUGCUGCGCUGUUUAAAUAUUUCGGUAAUAUAUUUUCAAAAAAAAAUAGUUCCAGUGGUGGUGUCACCAAAAAUAUCGGCUGCACGACCAGUGAGACAUGCGAGACUGUACCAAGUGGAAUGCAACACAUGAGCAAGAAUGAGAUACUCAUCCUUAACAACAUAUAUAUGGACGGCAGAGUGGUCCAGAGCAAUCUUCCCGUUAUGAUGGCCAAAGAGAAUAUCCUCCCCUUCUUCGACAAUCUGGACAAUUAUAAUAUAAAUAAAUAUAUUAAAAAGUUUUACGUGUAUUUAAAUUGCCUGACGUUUUAUCUAAAAGAAGGUAAACUUCUCGAUAGGGAUUACUGCCAAGAAUUGUUUUUUGAAAUUCUGCCCCUCAUAAUGAAGGCCCUAUUUUAUAUCAACAAAAAGUUUACCACCAAGUUGAGGAGAAAUAGUCUAUUUGAACACAUAAUCCAUUUGGGGUCAUCAAAUUUGAAAACAUUAUUUCUUCACGUGACGCCGGGCUUGUUGGUAGAAGAAGCGAGUUGCAAGAAGAUAGCAAUCUACCUUCUAUACUUGCUUGUAAGAAGAUACAAAAUUGAGUAUGGGGACCAGGUGCAGUUAUUCAGUGUUUGCGUGGCCUUAUCAAAUAGUAGUGAGAAAAAUCUGUUGAAAAUUUUCGUAAAAUUUUUGCUAACAUGUGUGCAACACUUUAGAAAAGACGUUAUCCUGGGGAACAUGACGGAGCUCAUGAAUCUUCUUAAUACCAUUGCACAAAUGAAGAGAGGAGUUAAAUACCUUGUUGAGAAAUUUCUGUAUAUAUUAUACCACUUUGUAAGCGAAUGCGAGCAGGAAAGUGAUCAGAAGGAAAAACCAUACGAUGUAAUUAUGCGAUACUUGUCCAAAGUAAAUAGGAAAAUAUUCAACAAAAUGGUAGAGAAGAAAGGGCUCCACGAUAGUGAAAAUAGAAGCGAUGGAAGCAAUGAUGAUGGUGGUAUGCGUGGAAGGGGAAUGGGUCACCAUCAGAGAAGAGACAAAAUGAAAAGCAAAAGUGCGCACACAGCGGUGGCAUCAUCAGACGAAGGGUCGUCCGUCAUGUCUUAUGCUAUGUCGGAAGAUGAUGCGCUGUCCGAAUCGAGUGGAUCAAGUGCCUACAACGAUGGUGCGCAUGAUCAGGGAGCGGCGCUGCGGAACAAAGGAAGAAACAAACGAAGUAAAAAAAAUGCGAACCAGACGAACAGGCGUAAUGUGAAGGCAAAAAAUCAGAACCGCAAUUUAACGACCUUUUUCGAUAAUUUAAAAAGCAUGCGAGGACAAAAGGAGACGAGCUAUAUCAAAACCGCCGUGGACAACAUUUUGCAGAGUCAAAAUAAAAGAAAAAAAAUAAAGAAACAAAAAGGGAAAGAGGAAGAAACCAAUGUGAAAAUUAACAAAAACGUAAGUGAUGUACUCAACAACUUGGGAACCUCCCUUUUUAAGAACAAAGCAAAAUUUAAUAUCCCCUUUUCUAAUGAAAAGGAAAUAAAUGACCUGUUUGGCGAACAGUAUUUCGUGAAGCGUGGUUUGAGGAAGGAAAAGAGAAAGGCAAGCGGAGGAGGAGAAGGAGGUAGUCAACCUGUGCAGCGUAACUCCGACUAUGAUUAUAGCGAUAGUGAUGAAAACGAGGGGGAUGACGCAAAUGUAGAAGUAGGCUUGGAUGGAAAGAUAAUUGUUCACCCUGUAAAUUCGCAAAAUGCGAGAAAUAAAAAGAAAGACGAUGUGAUUAACAAAAAGUAUAACCGCAUGAAUGAGAAGCUGAACAUGCAUGCCAAACUCAAAUUACACAACAAAUCAAAAAAUAAAAAAAAAACAAACAACUUUGUUACGGCAGAUAAAAAGGCAUACACAUCAAAGAAAGGAAAGGGAGACAUCAUCAAAAAGGACAAACUACUUCCAUACUCUUAUGUGGAGUUGAAGCCAAUAAUGACCAAAGACAAAUUUAGGACCAAAACACUGCACGCAUUUCGAUCAAUUAAAAAUAAUUCCAAAAGAAGGGCCAGGAAGGCGAAAAUGUGA